AUGUCGCAGUUGCUCUCCACGUACUCGCUCCUGCAGUGCGUUGUUUCUGCCGCGCAGUUCGCCUCUGGCGAGAUUAGCUUCUACGAUACCUACGCCGAGCUGACGGCGGCGGAUGCAGACGGCAGCAGAACGUCGCCACUGCGCGUGGAGUACGACGUGCUUGAGCAUUUUCGCAUUGUGCGUGCUCAGGGGGUGAUGCGGCUGACACUGCCGCGCGGUGUUGUGCGACAAUGGGCAGCGCAGAACUCGUUUGAGACUCAGCUGGACGAGUACGAGGGUGAGCAGACGAACGUGCACGGCGGCAACCGUUCCAAGGCAGGCGCCUUCUCGAUUCAGAUGACGGACACGAAGUCCGUGCUGCUUGUGCAGCUCAGUCUCGAGGACAUGGCCGCUUUUUUGAACUCUAUAGCGCCUCUCAUUGCGGCCAGCCGGCGCACGAGGUCUAUGUCACGCAUCUCUGUGACGGAGCCGCUGCCGGUGUACGGGGUACCGUUGGUGGACCCCGCGGCAAGCAUGCCAACGGAUGCGGCGACCUCAUCCCGAGCGAUGUCGACCGCCUCAGCGAACUCUCAAGAGGAAGCCGCAGAGAGUAAUUGGGCGAGCGGUAAGAAUAAUGCGGCACCAGUGUGCGACCGGCGGCACUAUCGACCCCAGCGGCAGAGGCGCGGCGAGAGGGACACGGCUCACUGCACGCCAUCUCGCACCGAUGACAAUGCUGGACAGAAAGAGGGAUGCAGGUUUGCUAAGCACUCAGACGAGCGACGCACCACCGCAGCCGCCAACAAUGCCGCACCUCGAGCAACAGACACAGCACCCGAGCUGUUGGGUGGCGACAGCGGUGGUAGUUCAAUAGGGGCGACUGAGUCAGAGACGCACGGUGAUGCUGCGCAACCCCUCUCCGGUAGUCCUGCGGCGUCAACGGGCUGCGAGGAAGAUGAAGGGGGGACCACGAGACGCACCGUUCGUGUGGCCGACGCGCUCGCUGUCACCGCCACCGCAGGAGCCACAGCGCAGGUCGAUCGACGGCCUUCAUCGCCGAAGCACCGGCAAUUACAACAGGCGACCCCAUCACGGUUCGUCAAUACACUGGAGAGCGUGGCAGAAGAACUGGCAGAAUUGAUGGAGGAGGCAGACCAGCCUGAGCACUAUCGUGGCUGCCGCGGCGAACCUCUUCAUCGCCGUCAACCGACCGCUGCGGCGGUCGUGACGGCAGUGCAGCGCGCGGGUCAGCAGCAGGCGUCUCGAUGCACGCAGCGCCGGCCGCUGCCCAUCGUCGCCUUGACUGCGGCCCCUUCGGUGUGCCCAUCAUUGAAGUCCACCAUAUCAGAGACACAUGUGCUAAGGCACCCGCAUCGGCAGCAGAGCCCCUCUGCAUCCGAAGCGCAGGCGCAGUGCGGGGUGAAUGGUGUGCACAGUGCUGCUGCGGCAGACAGCGGCACUGCAGUAACGAAUCGGCGAUCAGCUCAGUGGCCGAUGGGUAUGACAACUCCCAUGCAAGGGCGGUGCUUGGCUCGCACUUUUGUCCGCAGCGGUGGCGGUGCGCACCUCUGCGCCUCCGAACUCUCCUCCGCGUCUACUGCCGAGUUGCCACCAUUUGCUACACAUGGCGGAUGCGAUGGCCGCGCAGCACCACAGGAGGGUCACGCUAUGCCGUCACCGGCAUCAGAAGAGAGGCCUGUCUGCAUCGACAAAGCCUCCACCGUAGCUGGUGCUGCUCUCUGCAACGUCAACGGGGUGAGGCGUGCCGCUGAUGGCUGGACUGGGUCUGAGACCCAAUGGGCAGCGCUGCGUACUGGCACGGUCGCCCACGCCUUCGCGGAUACUAAGGAUGGAUGUAGAGACGAUGCCUGCGCCGCGCCGGUGGCCACGCCCAUCCGGUCGUCCUCACGCCCCUCUAGCGUUGCAUCGUCGGUCAAGCUUGGGGACAUGUUGGCGCUGCCCGGCGCCUCUCGUGAGCCGGGUGGUCCUGCGAAGGGUGUCAUCGCAUCGUGGCAGCGCAUUGCGCAGUUUCGCAGCGGCGGUGCAGGCGCGGCGCCUGUCAAGCAGUCGCCACCGUGCGCAGGAAGCAGCAGCGGCGCCGCUGACGUGGCAGCGUACUUGCGAGAGUUGUUUCCAGUAGAGGAUACCGUGCCCAAGGCGACACGGAAGCGCUGCAAAGCGCAGACAGUCACCACCGCGGGUGCUGUGGGGCGACUCUCCGUAUCUCAGCGGCGCAGACAUGCACCUGCUCGGAGAGCUGUCGAUCUCACUGCCUCGGCCACGGGUGCUGUUACUCGUGCUCUGGUCUCCACCGACAUAUCUAGCAGGACCGCGGACGGCGCGACGGCGUCUCAGCUGCCUUUAAAGGCUGUCCCAUCGCCACCACUAGCGAAAAUGAGUUCUAACAUCAGUGCUGCGAUAGCCACGCACGCGAUCGCCAACAGGCGGCGCCGCUCUCUGACUGCGGGCGCAGUGGGGACGACGAAGAGAGUUAAGGUAGACGCUGCCGCUGCGGUGCCUCCCUUAGACAGCAGCAUCGAUGCGGCACGAGACAAGGAGAAAGACACGGAGGCCACAACGGGUAGUAGUGCUACCGGACACUGCGCUGCAGCGUGCCUCACGCAGCCACCGCAGCCAAAGGUGUGCUCUGCCGUCUCGGUUCCACAACGUGUCGCCAUCUCCGUCCGUGAUGCAGGCGCGCUGGGGCUGGUCCAAGCGCCACUGCCUCUGUGCGGCGCCGCCUGGGAUAAAAAGCCGGGCGUGGCUGUGGCCGCGAGGGAAGAGGCUGCGGCUGCUGCUGCUGCGGCACUGAAUGACGAUGCAGCCAAGGUGGUCGAGGGUCUCAUCAGAGGUCCCAGCGCUGAGGCUGACAGUCGCAAAGCACCACGCGAUGGGGUACGCCACCGGCGCACACAGCUGCUGCGGGCAAAGCUUCUCGUGCAGGAGGCAGCGCCGCCGGCUGGAUGCGCCGAUGACCCUUCGCGCUACCACACCGAAGCAGCGGCAGCGGGCCAUCACGGCAAGACUGGCGACCGUGCCAGUAUCAGCAGCAGCCAGGCUACGUGCCCACUGCUCUACUGCCGUGAGUCCCGGAAGGAGCGCAGUCGGCGUGUGCUGCGUUAUAUGAACCUCAUUUCGCAGAGCAUCGCCGCUGUGCAUGAGACGCAUGAUGCGCUGCGCGGGCUGCUCCUUCUCAUGAUGGAGGAAGAUCAGCUAUAG